CAGGUAACGUUCACUUAUCGAUAUUUCGGCGAAUAUCGAUAUAAUCGACAAUGAAUCGAGAAGUAUCUCUUCCGGGCGCCGUCGAUUCUCUCGUCGAGAAUGGAUGUCUACCUGUUGACGUUUAUCGCUGCGGCGAUCGUUGUACUAAUUGUCAUAUGUACCGCUUUCUUACAAGCUAUGCGGAAGGUACGAGCCAAUAGACAAGCUCGAGACGACGGCGAGGGUGUGGCGGUGGCGCAAGCUGGACGAUUGAGACGAGUAGGCGCCGUAAGAAAUGUCAGACGUCGUAUGCAGGCAAAUGCUACGUAUCGACCCGAGGAAGAUGGACCCGAUAGACGGGUUAAUCAUCCAGAAGAUAACGAUGAGGAUGGGGAAAGGGAUGACAAAGUAGAGUCGCCAGAUCACAAGGUAGGAACAAAAAAACGGGCAAAGCUAGCGGCUAAAGCCGAAAAGAGGAUCCAGAGAGAAGCGGCUGAACGAGAGAGGGAAGAGCGUAAAAAACGGGAACAACACUUGCAAGAGGAAAGGGAUAAACAGGCUGAGAAGGAACAAGCCGAACAACUACGAACGGAAGAAGCGGAAAGGAAGGCUCGAGAGGAAAAGGAGAAGCAAGAAUACGAAGAAUAUUUGAAGAUGAAGGAAGCUUUUAGCGUCGAGGAGGAAGGUUAUCAACAGGAAAACGGAGAUUAUGAGGAGAACUUGUUGCAAGAAUUUCUUACGUAUAUAAAGCUGAAUAAAGUACUGGUUUUAGAAGAUCUAGCUGCGCAUUUUGGACUGAAGACAGCGAGCGUAGUAGAAAGAAUUCAACAACUGCAAGCUAAUGGUAGAAGAGUAGAAAUUUCUUUGAGCAUUGAAAGAGGAAAGGAGAGGAAAGGAAAUGUGUCCGAUGAAUCUACGCGAUGUUGUCGUUCUGCCAUGCGAGCAUAUGGCAACGGAAGCGACGACGCGACGUCUCGUCUGAAAAUGCAUUUAAAUCACAUUCCGUUGGCCGUACACGUCCAAGUAUCCAGGUGUUAAUGUUCGUUCAGAAGCCACGGUCACGGUACGGUAUCCCCACUCGACGAUGAUCAAAGAUUGAGGAAGGGGAAUGUCGGAGACUAUGUAAGAACGGCAGAAUUGACGGAGAACCAACAGAGUCUUGUUGCGACUCUGCGUAACGUUUGCUUCUAACUUUGAGACUCGGCAGAUCCGGCCUUCAUCCUUCUAUCAGAUCUAUUUCAUUCAACGAGGAACGAAAGCGAGUGUUAAAUCGACUCAAGUGGAAUUUUACUACGGAUCGAGACUUAAAUUUUACGGUGAUCGUUAAGAUCUAUGUGUCGAUGA